AUGAUAGAGAUCAAAUCAUCCGACAAAUACGCAACACCUCUUUUCAAUGAGCUCAAUCCGGGCAUUGUGAGGCCAGAAAUUCAAGCUCCACAGUUUGAGUUGAAGCCAGUUAUGUUCCAGAUGCUUCAAACUGUGGGACAGUUUAGUGGCAUACCCACCGAAGAUCCUCACCUUCACCUUCGUCUAUUUAUGGAGGUGAGUGAUUCUUUCAAAUUUCCCGGAGUUACGGAGGAUGCCUUGAGAUUAAAGUUGUUCCCCUAUUCUUUGAGAGAUCAAGCCCGAGUUUGGUUGAACUCCUUGCCUUCUGCGUCGGUUACAACUUGGGAAGAAUUAGCAGAGCGGUUUUUGAUGAAGUAUUUUCCUCCCACUAAGAAUGCCAAGCUCCGGAAGGAAAUAACUUCCUUUCAACAAUUUGAAGAUGAGUCUUUGUAUGAGGCAUGGGAGAGGUUCAAGGAAUUGUUGCGAAAAUGCCCUCACCAUGGUAUUCCUCAUUGCAUCCAAAUGGAAACAUUUUACAACGGUCUCAAUGCUCAUACUCGCAUGGUGGUUGAUGCUUCGGCAAAUGGUGCUUUACUUGCCAAGUCCUAUAAUGAGGCCUAUGAUAUUAUUGAGAGAAUUUCCAACAACAAUUAUCAGUGGCCCACUACUAGAGUACCUUUGGGGAAGAGGGUUGCCGGUGUUAUUGAAGUUGAUGCCAUUACUGCUUUAUCUGCCCAAGUUGCUUCUAUGCCAAAUAUGAUCAAAAAUAUGAGCAUGGGUCAACAAAUGGGUCAACAGAAUGUUUCCUCACCUGUGGGACAACUUGAGGAGGUUUCUUGUGUUUUUUGUAGUGAGGCUCAUACCUUUGACAAUUGCCCAUUCAAUCCUGCAUCUGUGUUUUACAUGGGAAGUCAGAAUGUCUACAACCAAACAUACAAGCAACACCCAAACUUGGCAUACAGAAAUCAAGGGGCUGGUACUAGUAAUUCAUCUAUGCUUCCUAGAUCCAACUUUCCACUUGGUUUUUCUCAACAAGCCUUUCAACAAACACAACAACAAGGUGUCCAAACAAGUUCUCUUGAGAGUAUGAUGCGUGAUUUCAUGGUCAAGACAGAAAAUUUCAUGACAAGAACUGAGAGUUAUAUGGCGAAGAAUGACACUGCGAUCCAAAGUCAAGCAACCUCCAUGAGAACUCUAGAAAAUCAAGUUGGGCAACUAGCUAAUGAGCUUCGAAAUAGGCCACAAGGUACUUUGCCUAGUGAUACUGAAAAUCCAAGAAGAGAUGGAAAGGAGCAUUGCAAGGCGGUGACCUUGAGGAGUGGCAAAAAUCUAGAGCCAAAUGAGGAAGAAACUAAGGAUCAAAAUGAGCCCACUUCAAUCCAAAGUCGAGUAGAGAAAAAUGUUGAACCUUCUAAUAUGGAAAAGGAGCAACCUGAAGAAAAUGCUGCAGCAAUUCCUCAUCAAAAUGCAGCAGAAAAGUUACUUAGCAAGCCACCCCCACCAUUUCCUUAA